AUGAAGGCCAAUGAUAACGGAACACCCAAGGGUCCGCCAAGAUCCCAGUCGGGAAAUGAUCAGUCCAGCAUACGAUUCUUGAACGGCCCUUAUUGCUGUUCUGACGUCCAAUUCGAUGCGAAAGAGGCCAUAGUGGUGGGUUGGGGAGGAGCAAAGACCUACUUCAAGGCACUACAACAACUAUCGGCAAGCCAUCAUGCUCGUCUGGACAACACUUCUGAAUUUUCGACAGAUCCGGAUAACAGCCAAGUGCCGGAUACCGAUAUUAACGACCCAUCUGGAGCACCGUCAUCCAACAGCAUAACCGGCACAGAUCCGCAAGCUACGCCCGAUCAAAUCCUAAACCACGGGCCCGGUGAAGCGUCGAGGGCAUGGGGCAGAAGGAUCCAUCAGCUGGCUGACGGUCGUGUCUACGAGGAACUGCCCCUUCGCCAUGCGGCCAGCUCUGGAGAGGCUUACAUUUCGGGAUUCGUGGAAACCCCAGAACGAGGGCCUCGACACUCGCCCCGAGAAAUUGAAGAAGGGCAAUCGAACCUGAGUUCUCGCAAGUCAACAUUAGUCUCUGGAGGAUCAACCCCAAUCGACUUCAAGUUCAAGCGUGCUGUCAGCGAUAUGGAGCAUCUCCUCGAAGAGGUGAUGGAGCUGGCGAAGCAAGUGACCGAACAAGACGACAAUUACGGCUGCAUCAGCCCAUUAGAACUCAAGGACGCCCGCAUCCCUUCGCCGAGAAUAGUUGAUGCCCCGGCCGAAGCAGCGCAUGGUUUCAUGAGCGGCGCUAUCAUCGACAAUCCCAGAGUUGCCGAGCUCAAUUUGACGCCACAAGCUCAAGCAAGCAAGCAAGCCUCCACCAAUGCCAGACAACAAAAGCAACUAAAGCGCUAUCAGUCCGCCCCUGGGAUGCGCAAUACUUCAGGCAGAGAACAUGAAAUGAUGGCGCCAGUCAGGCUUCGCAGGUCGAAACGCUCCCGGUUGACAAUCCCAGAGCGUUGGAAAGAGGAUCUUCCAGAUGAGCAACCUUCACAAGUCACACAGCGCGAUCGCCCGCCGGUCACACUGAUUUCAGUUCGGAAAGAUUCGGAGCCUCGGAGUCGAGAAGUCAAGGCUGGAGAUGAUGCUCCAAGAGAGCCUGGAUGCUUGUUCCACAUGAAGCUGCUACGAAAGUCUCAGAGUUGGAGACAUCCCCGGGUAUCGCCCAGUCCGCGCCGUACCAGGUCCUAUCGAUUCGAGGUAAACCCCAGGUUUGACAAUGAGAAAGACUGUGUUCAGGAUGUUCCAACUAUGCCAAGAGACAAGCACUUGAAACCGGUGAAAGAACGGAGGAGAGAUACAUCAACUGCUUCCUGCUUUGAUGGAGUGAUGGAUGAAGACGACAUCACACCAAUCGACACACAUAUCCAGCAACCAUCGAUGGACAACACGCCGAAUAUCCGACAACCCUAUAUGUCCCUGCCACCCAUACAGCGGCCAACGGAACAUGAUCUCAAACCAUCUGCAGUCCAGCAGACGAACUUAUCCAUCACUCCCGAAAUACCCUCCUCCUCUGGCCAAAUCACCGAUGUCACCCCGGCACGAGACUGGUCCCCGCUCAGGAAACGAUUCACCGCAACCGUUGCAUGCCUUAGCACCACGGCCGUUGGUAUCGUCAUCGGCAUGUACGCAGGUCUUGUCCCUGCCAUCCAAUACCGCAUUGCCGAUGCCGGUCAUCAUGUUAUCCUCGGCAAUGUGCUUUUGUAUCUGGGAUUGGCUAUCUCCUCGUUCGUAACGUGGCCCCUCCCUCUGUCCAAAUCAAGACGUUUGGGGAGGAAGCCGUAUGUGGUAGGCGGUCUUGCUGCUGCUAUCCCAUUGUUGAUUCCUCAAGCCAUUGCCUCCAGCUACGCCUUGGGUCCUGGAUACAGGUACUACCUCGCCGAAUAUGGUCUUCAUUGGUGGAGAUGGGUCGUGUUGGCUGUGUCCAGGGGCCUGAUGGGCAUUGCGCUUGGUGUUCCCAGCGCCAACUGGAUGGGCGUUCUGAUGGAUCUGUUUGGGGCGUCCUUGAUGAGUGGAAACCCUCAUCAAGAAUGGGUGGAUGAGACAGAUGUACGGAGGAGGGGCGGAGGUAUGGGUGUCUGGUUGGGCCUGGGCACGUGGUGUUUCACUGGCUCACUUGGAGUUGGAUUCGCUGUUGGUGCUUCGAUCAUUGAUGGAGGAAGGAGUCCGGCAUGGGCGUUUGGUGUUGCCGGUGGGAUUUUACUGGUCCUGCUUGGGCUGAAUAUCGCUUGUCCUGAGGUCAGGCCGAGGCUUGACACGGCUGCAAAGCAGCAGAAGAACGGCAAGGACAAGAACGAUGCCGUUAAGACACCCUGGUGGCUAGUUGCACUGCAAGGCAUGUCACUGUCCGCUGAAAUGCUGCGACAGCCAGGCUUUUUGGUGAUCGCGGUUUACACAGGCUGGAUCUAUGCCCAAAUUGUGCUCAUCAUCGUGCUUCUCGGAGCACUGGCGUCAAGAUACUACACACUUCGGUCCACGCUUGUUGGGCUAUGCGUGGCGUUCAUCUCAAUCGGCGGCAUCAUUGCCAUUCCGUUCCAGAAAGCCAACCUCUUUUCUCGCUGGCGCCAUCACCAGGGACCGACCAGCGCCGACACUCUCGACGAUCGCUUUGUGUGGACCUCUCACUUCGUUCGCAGAGCCGUCUUUUGUAUCUUCUUGCCCCUUUUUGGAAUUGCUUAUACUGUGGCAUCGGCCGGACCCCCAAUUCCGGUUGAGAUUCCCACCUUGUUGGCUGCUGGCAUUGGUGGACUUUCCGCUUUGGCGAUUUCUGAGUGCAAUGGCCUUAUCAUGGAAACAUUCGAUACCUCUGAUCUUCCGGUCACAUCGUCUUCAGCAUCCCCAAGAAAGGUUGACCAGUCUCAGUGGGUAGAUCCUUCAUCAUACCCACGAGUUGCAGCUGGGUUUGCCGUAUGCCACGCCAUUGGGUUCGUUCUAGCAGCCAUAGCAACCGCAGUCGGAGGGAGUGCACAACGCCACUUGGGACAACAAGCUGCCACGGGCGUCGUGGCCGGCAUCUUACUUAUCCUAACCGGACUCCUUCUGGCCGUCCUCAUUCGCUUCAGGAACGUGCACAUCAUCCCCAACUGCAAGACCCUCGAAAUGGAUCGGUGGACAGAGAUGCGCAGAGAAAGCCUCCGUCGACAAUCCCAGCGCUCAUCUGCCCGCACUUCACGGACCUCAUCGAUGGCUGCGAGCAACCACAUCUCCCCUACCAACAACAAGGCCCUUUCUGUGCUCGCAACAGACGAUCUCGCGGAAAUGGACAUGUGGCGCCCCAUUCUGCUGGGGAACCCCUCGUGCAAGAUGCGCCGCGUCAAUGUUCUUGAGUUGGGAGCCCUCAGUCGCUGGACUGAGAUUCGCAAAACAAAUAGGCUGAUUGAUCAGCGGGCUGCUGCACAUUUGAACCGUGCUGCAUUGGGCUCGGCGGCUGUGGCGGUUGAGGAAGCGACAGGGAUUGCUGGGUUGGUGAGGAAGGUGAGCCAUCGUCGGCGGCAUCAUCAUCAUCGUGGUACGGAUGAAGAAGAGUUUCAUUCGUAUAAUCACCAUUUUGGAAGGGAUCUGCCUUUUCAUCAUGGUCGUCGUCAUGUUCGGGGUGCGGAGAAUGAGGAUGCGCAGGGGAUUGAACUUGCAAUUCUGGGGAGGAUAGAUGGCCAAGAGAAUCCCCCUGCCCACGCUGGCCUGCAAGGAAAUAGAGAGAAUGCAGCGGAACAGAGAAUCGAAAAAGCAAGGGACGAGUUUGUUGGUUCUUCAUUUGACGACUAUGGGACUCUGCGCGCCCGUGAGGUGAAGAUGAGGAAGGUGACUGGCGGUGAGGUGAAGAUGACAUUUUAA